CUUAACCACUGGACCACCAGGGAAGUCCCAUACAUACACCUUUGUAUAAAACUGCCAAACUGUUUUUCAGAACAGCUGCAGCAUUUUGCAUGCCCACCAGGAACCAGAAGCUUGUGAGGGUUCCGAUGUCCCCAUGCCCUCACCAACAUUUGUCAUUGCCUAUCUUUUUCAUUGUAGCCAUCCCGGUGGGUGUGAAGUGGUGUCUUCAUUUUGCAUUUCCCUGAUGAGGGUUGAUGUUGAACAUCUUGUUAUGGGCUUUAUCAGCCAUACAUAAAUCUUCUUUGAUGAUGUGUAUAUUUCAGCCUUUUGCCCAUUUUUAAAUGGAUUGUUUGUUGUCUUCUUACUGGGUUGUACGAGUAGUUUAUACCAACUGAUUCAGGUCUUCUGUUGGGUGUGUGAUUUGCAGGUAUUUCCUUCCAGUUCGUGUCUUGUGUUUAUACCUAUUAACAAUGUCUUUUGAAGUGCAGAGGGUUUUAAUACUGAUGAUGCCAGACUUAUCAAUUUCUUGUAUUGUUUGUGCUCUUGGAGUUGUAUCUAAGAAUGUGUGCCCAAUCUGAGGUCAUGAACUUGCACUUCUGCUUUCUUCUAAGUGUAGCUUUAGACUUUACGUUAAGGUCUAUGAUCCAUUUGCAUUAAUUUUUGUCUAUGAUAUACAGUUUUGUAUAUGGUAAGAUAGGGUCUAAAUUAAUCUUUUUUUGUAUGUGGAUACCCGUGUCACUUUGGUUGAAAAUCUCAACCAUUGUGUCUAACGCCCUAGCUUUCUCUUUUUCUCUCCUCUUGCUCAUCAUGGGGGUUGGCAGACUGGUAGAAUAUGGUAUUAACCAGGUUUCCACAUGUCUAACUGCAUGAUCACAGUUACCAAAAGCUGGUGGCUAUGUGACCAUUGGUCAAAGACGAGAUGUCUACCUGAGCGGCAGCUGCCACUUCCCAGCUGUGUGAUCUGGGUCAAGUUUCUUAGUUGCCCUGCCUCACUUUCCCCACCUGUGAACCAGGGGUGCACAGGUUCACCCUUGGACCCUUGAUAACUCCUUACCUCCAGGGAUACUGGAAAAAAGAUGAGUGGAGGGCAGUCCGCACAAUUCACAUUAGUUGUUCCAAUUGAUGCAGUGGGAUUUCUGGGGACCACCAUUACUUUGAGCUAAAAUUUGCUCAGCCUGACUCCACCCCACACACCCCAAGAUGAAAGAAGGGAAGGGAAUCCCACACAGGUGAAGUGGGCUCCGUUCAAAUUGCAGUGUCCAGGAGGCGGCUUAUGUAGCCCACAAAUAACAGCAGUUUUGGACACCAGCUGUGAGUGGCCAUAGCUCCAUACUCUUUUUUUCUGGUAUAAAUGCAGGUCCUUCUUUAGGAAGGUCUGGUGGAGCACAUGUCCCUGCCUGAUGCCAGAGAGAUGUGAGAAAAGAGAUAGCACCAGCUUAACCUCUGUUUGCACUGAAUUUUAGUACAAACAUUCGAUCCGCAGUCACCUGCCUACCUCCCCCUACCCACGCGCACACAUGCACACACCUUUCUCGCCAGAUUCUUCCCCCUAAACUCCUUCCUCCUUUCAUUUAUAAGUAGCUCCCUCCAGAGGGCCAGGCAUUUGCACACCACCCCCCCCCCACCUGAGCCCUAACUCGUCUCCUAAGGUGGGGUCGUAACCUCAGCACUGUGGACGUUGGGGGCCAGGUCCCUGCUAGUCGCAGGGCCGUCCAUCCUCUGCAUCCCGGGCUGUUUCAUAGCAGCCCUGCGUCCACCCACUAGAUGCCUGUAGCACUGCCCCCCUCCUCCAGUUGUGACAACCGAAACUGUCUCCAGAAAUGGCCACACGUGCCCCUCUGAAGCAAAACCACCCUCCGCUGAGAACAGCUGCCCUGCAGGUCUUGUGUGGAGGCAUGUGAGGCAGAAAUCGGGAGCUGAGAAUGGGCCCUUGCAGGUGGGGGCCAGGAGGGCAGUCUGAAGGGACGGGUCACCUCCCCUGGCCCCCCCGAGCCCGCCACACUCAGAGUCCUCCCCUGUGCCUUGUCUCCAGGGCCUCGCUUUCCUUGGAACGCUUGGGGCAGCACUGUGCAUCUUCCUGCCUGGUGGGCUUGACCCAGAACAGCCGUGGCACCUGUGGCCUCUUGGCCCCCGGUGCCCUUGAACCUCCGCUCUCCCGGUUCCUACCACCUUCUCUCCAAAGCUGUGUCUGUAGAGGUCCCUGACAUGCGAAGAAGCUCGGAGAGAGCUGUUCGACGGAGCCCCAGUCCCGACAAGGAAGCCUUGCUCUCGAGGCAGAACCUUUUGGACAGACUGCUCCAGGUCCGAGAGAAGGGAGCCCUGGCCCCGCAGAGAAGACAGAAGGACCCCCAGCAGCAGAAGACCCAGCUGCUCCAGCGCUUGGUUGAGGAGCUGAAGGCAGAGUGGCCGGAGGCCCUGGACCAGCAAAUUCGAGGCCUGGGGCGGCUGUACUUAGCGCAUCUGUUGGGCUCGGGGGGCGAACGGGCCGAGGACCACGAACCUGACUCAAAGGGCUCAGCCCAGCGAGGAGCAGCCAGGUUGCCCAGGGCCAGGGGGAAGCACAGAGUGGCCGCGCAGGAAGAGAAGGGACGCAGGGAGGAGCUGGCCCGACGACAACCCUGGUGCGCCACGUCCCGGAGGAGAGCAGUGGACCGAGAGAGGCAGGGGGCCUCCAGAGCCACGGGCCCGUGUCCCCCUUCCCUGAGCCCCCCGGAGAGGAGUAGAGGAAAACGAGCGCCUUCCAUGAAGACGGGCGGGGGCUGCCGUCACGGGACAGACGUGGAGAAGCUCUUGGCUGCCACAGAGGGGAUCAAGCGCCUGGAGGGACAGGAGAGUGACGCAGCCCGGGAGGGCAGGAGGCAGCUGGGGAAGCGGCCAGCUCGUCGUCAAGGCCCGAAAAACAACUGUCUGGAUCAGAGCCCCGAAGGCAAAGCCGACCACCUGGAACAGCUGUGUCCAGUCGGCCCGACCCACAGAAGGGGGGCCUCGCCGCCCGCGAAGCUCGGGAACAAGAGCAAGUGGCAGAGAGAGCUGGAAUUUGCCUUCGAAGAGUUGUUUGAUACCAACAGGAAGCUGAAAAAACACCUGAACUUGCAGCUGAAUCUCAAGCCCGCGGUGGAUCAGAGCCCUGGUGCAGGUCAGGACUCCAAGGAGGCGACGCAAGCAUGGAGAAGGGAGAGCCAGAGAGAGAAGGUGGAAGGAGAUGCAGAGAUUCCUGUGGUGCCCACCGGGGAGCCCAUGAAUCCAGUGCGGAUGGAAGCCCACCUGACGCCGUCCAGAACCAGCUUGCAAAAGUUUCUAAGCAAGCUCGAGAGCCAGAAAUACCAGAGGAUGGCCAAGGGCGUGGUUAAGAGCGACAGUACACUUUGGUUUCCCAAGGCAGGAACCUCUCUGAACGAAAAGGACCGGCUCUCGUGCAGCCCCGGAUCCGGAUGGGAGCAGCCCCAGCUGGAUGCGCUGGUGCAGGGCUCCCUUCAGCUUCACCCACAAGACCAGGUAGACAGGGUUGGCUUGAUGGCAUCAGCGCAGGUGGAGCAAAGAAGACUGAAGCAGCUGGACUUGCUUGAGCCAAUCGAACACCACAAGGUAAGCCUGGAGGCUGACCUCCAGACGGAGCUGAAAGACGGGAGGAGGGGACACAGCCAAGCUCGUCUGGUUCAUCCGAAGCCUGACUCCCCUCCAGACCCGGAGAAAGAAGGCGGGUAUGACCGCAGCCCCACUUCUCCCUCGGCUGCCGUCGUCGACGAUGACAGGCACAGUCAGAUGAUCCGUGACAUUCAACAGCAGAUUCUAGAGCAGGACGUGUUGCACAAGCAGUUUCUUAAAGAAGCCAGGAAACGCUUGCUGGAGUUUCAGAAAAUAUGUUAGAAGUGAGAGUCCCACCCAUGGUAAAUACAUCACUGAUAACUGGGCGUUCUGCCGGAACUGGUACCCAAGUCUGUGCGAUUGUAUUUGCGUCAUCUGCUCAGAAACCCGUAGCCUCUUUGAAAUGGGCCAUCAGUCAUCCUCCCGUGCUUUUGGCGCGAGUUCCUCUGCAGAAAUCCUACUUACUCCCAAUCUUGCCUUUAAAAACUAAGUCCUAUUCGGAAAGAAUCCUUAGCAUGAAAAUACGAACCCGUGUAGGGCGCAGUAUGUGGGUCUGGCCAGCGUUAGCCCAGGGGUGUGUCCUGGAGCUGAGGCUGUUUUCAUGUACCGCGAGCGCAGAUGGAAGCGCCAGGUACAUUUAAGUGCUUCAGAUGUUUUAGUCAAAUAAACACUGGACUUUGAGGGGGCAUCCAAGGUCAGACGGGCGCAGUUUCAAAAGAUACAUCAUGGGUUGCUUAGCCAGUGGCUGAGAUGUUCACGGAGAGGUUUAACGAAAAUCUUUCAGUCUUUUCAAAGCAACCUCAUUUCAUAGGACAUCACUUGGUAACAUUGUUGUAAAUUUAAUAUUAGAAAGUGGGAGGGAGGGAGAGAAGGGGGUGGGAGCAAGAGGAAGAAAGAGGAAAGAGAAGACAAGGAAGGGGAAAUGCUUCUCAGUGACCCAGCCCUACAGACUCCUUUGGGGCUGGUGGGGGCGGGGAGUAGGGUGUCUCAUCACUUGCCUUUUUCCCAGCUUUACCCCUGACCCAGAAGCCUCAGCAGCCGCGGAGACCCUCCGCUGGAUGGGGUUUUAUCUUCCAGCUGCAUUCUUAGGGAUUGGAAUGGAGUGGACAAACCUUUUCUGCAAGGAGCUGAGAGUAAACAUUCUAAGCUUCACUGGCCAUAUGGUCUCUGGGCAACUACUCAGUGCCUGGAAGGCAGCCGUAGACUAAAUGAAUGGGUGUGACCGAGUUCCAAUAAGACUUGAUUUGCAAAAAUAACGAGUAGGCAGGCUUUGGCCCUCAAGCCAGUGUUAGCUGACCCCUGGGCCUAGCAUAUCAAGAAGAUGGGCCUCCCUCCCUCCCUUCCAGGAACCUCAGCUGUCCUGAGUAGAAGCCCCUCUUUAGUCAUGGUGUGUGGGCAUCACUGGGCCAUCAAUGGCCUUUUUAAUCUUACGUAUGUUUGGCACCAUAGCCCAGCUGUAGUGACCAACAGGAAGUAAAGGCAGGGUCUGUUGGGACCCCAGCCUGCCCAUAUGUAGACGGUGUAAUCAUCACCUGUGAGCCCACCAUUCAAAUCUGAGAUCUGAAAUAUUUGCCGAAAACCAGCUGUAUCUGUGUGCCUCUUCCCUCUUCUGUGCGCUGUUGCUCCUUAGCUGUAUUGUGUAUCUGCAGAACUUGGGAGUUGUCCCCACUUCACCCACCAGAACACACCCUGUUGUUGUCCAGCUUAUGCUCGACCCCUAUAAAAAGGAUGUCAUGGCACAUGUGGUCUUUUGGAAGCUUUUGUGGACCCAGCGUAGUGAGUUCGUCCAUCUCACAGGCAGGUGUCAAUUUUGCUGCUGUGUCACAUUAUCACGGGACCCUCUGAGACUUCCCGUCACUGCUUGUUUUGGGCCAGUUCCCGAAAUGAGAGUAACAUCCCUAAUGCACUGGGUUCAAAAGGCCUGACAUCAGAAAGUGCUUUGGGAAUGUGUGGCCACCCCAGCUGGGACGGAGGUGUGGGAAAGGUCUCCUUCCUGUUUUUCUUCCCAUUUUCACCUCUUUUUUGCCUCUGGAAAAUGUUGGCCUGACCUUGCACCCUUUUUCCUGUGCAAAUAUUGACUGGCAGACACUGCCUCACAAACCUGGAGGUGAACAGUGAACAACAGGCGCAUGGAAAUCUUGCAUUCUAGUGGAGGAUACAGGUGACAGGUGAGCACAACGACUCAGCUGGCAAUGGAAGGGUACUCAGAGAGGCAGGGUGAGUGACCCGAUGCGCGUCUCUGAGCAUCCAGCCCCCAACCCCUGGACGUGCCCAUCUGUGUGGAGCAGUAAUGGCAUCCUACAAGGUGUUUGGUGUUUUGUGGGUUUUUUAUGGUUUUGUUUUAAAAUCAAUAGUUUUGAGUGAGGAUCCUUCCACCAUCUCACGUCUCCAUCAUGUGGGUCUCUGCUGUCUUGUGGCUUUUCCAUUUGAGGUAGAGAAAGUGUUGGAUCCCAGCCCCAUUUCUCUCAUCUGCUUCUGGAAAGUCAUGGGAGCAGCUCAG